GCGAAGACAUGGCACAAACGUUAAAACCAGGAGACAUGAUCGAGGUCCUUCAUGGCUCCUAUGAGCACUGGGCCCUCUACAUCGGAGAAGAUGAAGUGAUUCAUUUAGUUCCAAAGGGUCAGACAGAUGAGUCAUUUGGCUCGUUGGCACUUCUGAGCACCACAGCAGAGGUGAAGCGUCACAAGCUCCGCAAAGUCGUCCGCCAUCUCAAAUUCAAAGUCAACAAUCUGCUGGAUGACAAGUACGAGGCUCGUGAGCGCCACSUCAUUGUGAGGGAGGCCUGCGCGAUGGUGGGUCGGGUGCUACCGUACAGCGUUGCCACUUACAACUGCGAGCACUUUGUUACCRACCUGCGAUACGGCAAACCAGAGUCUCGGCAGGUUAAAACAGUAGCUGAKWUYGCAGGCRUGGCAGUUGCAGGUUUKGCCGCAGUAGGUUURGCUGCAGCUCUGUUUAGCAGCCUUUYCAGCAAAGAGGAAGAGRAAGAGAAAGACKACRGGACGAAAUCAGGAAGACGUCAUCAAAACUGGCAAUAAUGWGACAGAGAAAYRACAAGAAAGAUCUCUCCAUUGUUUGAGUCGAUGACAUUGAUAAUGAUUUAAACUGUUUAGAUGAACUAUUUCACUGGUGCAAACUAAAGAGAAGAAUGUUGUUGUGGUUCCUUCAAUCAUCAUGGAUGUUUCUUCAUGUCUGACGUGUCAUUCGUCACUUUUUUAAACAGACRAAAUAAUCAUUUGCACACAAUUUAUUUGUAAUAAAACACUAUCUAAGAUAAUUGUCUUCAGUGAAAAUGAUUUUCCUAAUUCUAACACUAGAAUCUAAGCUGUUAAUGUAAAAAUACAAUAUUUGGAAAAGUAAUUUAUCAUGUUUCCAUUUUUUCAUCAUACAUGCAUGUUUUGUUGUGAUCAACUCUUCAUUAUAUAUUUAAUGUUCAAUAAAAACUAUGUCCCCCACAA